GAGGGAGGAGAAGGGCAGCGGGGAAGCCGCCGAGGAGCCGAGCGCCCCGCACAACCGCUGGCUGGGCACGCCAGCGGGACUCCGACGCGCCGGCCAGACCCCGCCACCCCCGCCGGCGGGAAGAAGAGGCGAUCCGUCCCCGUGGGAGCCCUCGAGGGGCGGCUGGGGCCAGGACGCGACGAGGCUUUGCUAGCCGCGCGUCGGCGGCUCCCCAUGUGGCUGAGCGUCUCUGGGACGAGGUUGCGGCCAGGGUUGAACCCGAGGGGCUGGAGGAAUGCGAAGCGGACGCCGCUAGGAUGAGCUGCAAGCGCCCCGCCGCCAAGCCUCAGCUGCGGAGAUCCUUCAGCGAGCAGCUCCGGGAGUCCACCGCCAAAGCCUGGGAUUUACUCUGGAAGAACGUCCGGGAGAGGCGGCUGGCAGAAAUUGAAGCAAAGGAGGCCUGUGACUGGUUACGAGCUGCUGGGUUCCCACAGUAUGCACAACUGUAUGAAGAUUCCCAGUUUCCAAUUGACAUUGCUGCCGUAAAGAAAGAUCAUGAUUUUCUUGACAAGGAUCUUGUAGAACCUCUUUGUAGACGUUUGAAUACACUGAACAAGUGCGCCUCAAUGAAACUCGAUGUGAACUUCCAAAGGAAAAAGAGUGAAGACUCUGAUGAAGAAGAUCUUUGUGCCAUCAGUAACAAAUGGACUUUCCAAAGGACAAGUCGAAGAUGGUCUCGUGUGGACGACAUUGGCACUUUACUUCAUCAGUCAGAGAAGCAUGGGUCCUUGGGGGAUAUUAAAAUGAAAAUCACCACCAGCAGUGAAAGUGUGCUUACUGAUCUGAGUGAACCUGACAUCUCAUCCAUUCACAGUGAGAGUAGCGGCGGAAGUGACCACAGAAGUCAGUCUGGAGCCAGUAACCUUCUCAGGGAGACAUUUGACCGUUCAGGACAAUACUGUACAGAAAACACUGUUACGCAUGACUCCGCCUCAGUUGGUGCUACCCCUUCCCAGCCUCCAGAAGACUCUAUUAACCUUGGGAAUGAGAAACCAACACGAGCCAGAGCUAAAACCUUUCUAAAGCGCAUGGAGACACUAAAAGCCAAAGGUGCACAUGGAAAAUUUAAAAGCUCUGGAAGGACUAGUGGCUUAGUAAUAAGUAAGCCUGUUUUUCAGCAUGAACCAAAAACCUUAAAGGACAUGCAAAGUGUCCAAAUUGGGAAUGGAGACCUCCAGAACAUAGCAUCCCAAGACCCAGUCAAACAAGGGUUUUCCUUCUCUGCUAAAUCCAGCAGUGAGAGUAGCCAAUCAGAGAUUAGCAGUAGUGGUAUAAGCACACCCUCCUUAAAGGAACGCAAAUAUCAUGAAGCAAAUAAACGAGGUGGCAUGUACCUGGAGGACAUGGAUGUUCUUGCAGGAGCAGCGCUGAGGCAAGUGAUAGAUCAAAAUCAUAGAAAUGACUUUCAUUCCCAAGAGAACCUAGUUGUUCAUAUUCCUAAAGACCACAAACCUGGGACAUUUCCUAAGGCACUUUCAAUUGAAAGCCUCUCCCCUACAGAUAAUAGCAACAAUGUGAACUGGAGGACAGACAGCAUUUCAUUAAGCAAUAAUAAGUGCUCAACACCUAAAGAGGCCAUGCCACUUGCUUCCUGUCCAAAGGAGAGUCGAGUUAGCAUUUAUGACAAUGUUCCAGGUUCUCACUUGUAUGCCAGCACUGGAGACCUUCUAGAUUUGGAAAGAGAAAACUUUUUUCCUCAUCUGGAUGAUAUUUUGCAGCAUGUCAAUGGUCUUCAAGAAUCUGUAGACGACUGGUCAAAAAAUAUAUUGCCAGAACUGAAAAACAGUGAUUUUUCAAUCGGUGAAUGUGGGUCUUUAUCAUUCCAGUCACCAGUUAAAAUUGCAUUAGACUUUGAACAGAAUUCUGUAUCUGAUGGCCGGACGACGCCUAGUGAUAUGGACAGAGAUGGGACAUCUCUCAAUGAAUCAGAAGCUACUGGUGUCGGGGACAGAAGAGACUCUGGUGUCGGAGCGUCUCUCACCAGACCAAACAGGCGAUUACGUUGGCAUAGUUUCCAAAUCUCUCACCAACUGAGCCAUGCCAUAGGAUCACUACAGAUCAGUAGUCAGUCAGCUGCUCAGUUAAAUCUGCUGCAAAAAUUUUCUCUGCUUCGUCUUACUGCCAUCAUGGAAAAAUACUCCACGUCAAACAAGCAUGGCUGGACAUGGUCUGUACCAAAGUUCAUGAAGAGGAUGAAAGUUCCAGACUACAAGGAUAAGAACAUAUUUGGUGUGCCUUUAAUAGUCCAUGUUCAAAGAACAGGGCAGCCCCUUCCACAAAGCAUACAACAAGCGCUACGCUAUUUACGCAACAAUUGUCUGGAUCAGGUGGGUCUUUUCCGAAAGUCAGGUGUGAAAUCUCGAAUACAGGCCCUACGUCACAUGAAUGAAAGCUCUCCUGAAAAUGUCAGCUAUGAAGACCAAUCGGCGUAUGAUGUAGCAGAUAUGGUAAAGCAGUUUUUCAGGGACCUCCCUGAGCCUCUGCUCACUAGCAAGUUAGGAGAAACUUUCCUUCACAUAUAUCAGUAUGUUCCAAAAGAACAACGGCUUCAGGCAGUUCAGGCUGCCAUUAUGUUGAUGUCAGACGAAAACAGGGAGGUUUUGCAGACGCUGCUGUGUUUCCUAAAUGAUGUCACCUCUGUGGAAGAGAAUCAAAUGACUCCCAUGAAUAUAGCUGUGUGCUUGGCCCCGUCACUUUUUCACCUCAAUAUAGUAAAGAAAGAAAGCUCUCCACGAGUAAUACAGAAGAAAUACGCAACAGGGAAGCCUGAUCAGAAAGAUCUCAGUGAAAACCUGGCAGCAACUCAGGGACUUGCACACAUGAUAACAGAAUGUGAUAAGCUUUUUGAGAUCCCACAUGAGAUGGUAACACAGUCUCGGAAUUCCUAUGUUGAGGCUGAAGUGCAUUCUCCAACUCUGGAGGACCUGGGCAAGCAAAUGGAUGAAGAAGGUGGAAAUUAUCAGACCUACUUGGAAAGUCUUAUGCAGAACCUUUGUAAAGACGCUAAGGAGAAAUUCAAAGGAUGGGUUGCUCGUUCUAGCAUAGAAAAUACAGACCUGUGCUACAAAAAGGUUGGAGAUGGAAAUCCAUUAAGGCUAUGGAAGGCAUCUGUAGAAGUCGAGGCCCCUCCGUCUGUUGUGCUGAACCGUGUGCUAAGAGAACGGCAUCUUUGGGAUGAUGAUUUCUUGCAAUGGAAAAUCAUUGAAACGUUGGAUAAGCAGACUGAGAUCUACCAAUAUGUUUUGAACAGCAUGGCUCCCCAUCCUCCUAGAGACUUUUUAGUCCUCAGGACAUGGAGAAUGGAUUUGCCGAAGGGGAUGUGCAUAUUAGUGGCUGUCUCUGUAGAACAUGAAGAAGCACCUCUGAUGGGAGGUGUGCGAGCAGUUGUUAUGGAUUCCCAGUACUUAAUAGAGCCUUGUGGCUCUGGAAAAUCCCGCCUGACACACAUUUGCAGGAUUGACCUCAAAGGUCAUUCAUUAGAGUGGUACAACAAAGGCUUUGGACAUAUCUGUGCAGCUGAAGUUGCUAAUAUCAAGAAUUCAUUUCAACCGCUGAUUGCUGAGGGACCAGAAACAAAAAUCUGAGUGAUGGAGACCCUGCAAGUAUGGAAUUCCACAAACUAGAGCCACUGGAUUAUUUCAUUUGUGCAAUAACCAAGCAUGGAUUGCUUGGAAGGCUCUGCCAUGGUCUGGUAAUUUCACUCAGUUUCCCCCAUGUCCUGUAUCUGCUCCUUCAUUGAAGAACAUUUGCCCAAGAAAUUUCUUCAGGCUUUAUAAUCUGACUUGUUGACAUUUCGUUUGCAUUGCAUAAUUUUAAUAUUUAAAAGCUUCCGAGAAGCUUAUUUUAAAGUGUAAAUAAGAGAUGUAAAUAUUGUAUAGACUUCGCUAUGUAUAAUAUCUUCCUACACAGACACACACACAUAUAUAUAAUAUUAUGUAUAUAUAAUAAGUUUUGUAUAUAAGAUAGGGCUUUCUAGAAGAAUUUUUCUGCAUCUGUUUGGAAUUAUUUUCACUCUGCUAGAUCUCAAGAUCUCCCAGCUUUUGUAAACAGCAUUUGCUAUUAUUGUUAACACUAUGACAUCAUCAGUGUGAUGGCUAGCAACAACUGGAGUACUUAAGCCGACCCCAUGUUUGUACAGGUUAUAAGGAGAUGGGCAUGCUGGGUUGAGAAGGGGCCAUUAAGAGUUGAGAGAAGUGUAAUGAACAUUAGAAUAGCAGUCUGGUCAGAUAGAAAGUUAUCUCAUUAUCAUUUGGCAAACAAUCAUCUACAAUGGCCUGCAGAAGAUAGCAGCUGAAAAUAUAUGCCAAUUGCCUUUAACAAAAGGAACAGAGAAGUUACAGGAUCAGCUGAAAGCUUACUAUUUGGAAUAUUCAGAUAUUUACUACGACUAUUGGGCUAAUUCUUAGACACCAUGGUAACAAAGAAGUGCGUAGAACAGUUGAUGAACCAAGUGUUGAGCUUUUGUGCCACCACAAAAUGUGACAUUAAGAUCUUGCUUACCAAAACCAAUAACCAUUGCUUAGAAUUGCAGUGUAAGGGUGGGCCUUCAAACCAGAACAGUCUUGCCAUCCAUAGGGAUAUUCUAGAGCAAACAGUAUGUAGUUUAAGGCUUUGUGGCUUGAAAUCCUAGAGAUUUAGCUUUCAAUUCAGAGAAAAUUACUCAUUUAAGUUUCAUUGAAACAGAUGGAACUGGAAGUGAGCCUUUACUGGCCUAUGCGUAAUGAAAAUUAGUAAUAACAACAAAAUAAUUUCCAGACUCAUAAUGCUCACCUUCUAUAUGUGAAAAGCAUUGUAGCCCCAUAGUUUUUCUCUGGCUAGAAUUAUAAUCCAAGCUUGACAAGAACUCCUAACACACUCACUUCCAGCUGUUCCAGUGGCAGCAGAAGCAGGGGUGUAUGUCUGUCUACCUCCCUCCCUGGCACCUGGCACAAUCCUGCGGAAGCAUUUCAGGUACUACAAGCCUUUCAAAGAGCCAUUUUAUGGGACAGUGGCAGUCAAGAUGCUGCUGUGGCAGCAUUCCAAGAGCCAUGACAGGAAGGAGAAAGAAGCACUAGCCAGUAAAGUGGAGAAAUGAGAUACCUUUCACAGCAACAGCAACAGGCAGAGCAAUCCAACUCAGGGGAAGCUGGCAUACGUGGUGCCUGUGAAAGAGAAGCCAGCAUAAAGAUCCACCGCAUCCAAUUUCCGUUCAGGAGCUUCUGGGAUGGCUGAACGCCAGCUCUGCUGUAAGCUGCAUGCAGGGACCAGCAAAUAAAAGCCUGCUCUCCCAAAUACCCUGACCAGGGAAUAAGCCUUCUCCAUUAACUUAUAUUGUAUUUAUUUUCUUAGACUGAUUUUUUUCCUGGUGAAACUUUUGCCUGAAUUGGGACCUGUAGGAGUGCUCCAGACCCAAAUUGAAUGUGGCCCAAGUCCCCUCACCUCGGCCCCUCCCCUAACACACCCCAACACGCCCCUUUUUCAGGACUUACACCAACUUACACUGGCUUCACUUAUGCCAGUUUUGGCUGAGCCCUGGCUGAGCCGAGCUUCUGCCACUUCCAUCUCCCCUCAGCCCGGUGUAAAUGCUAAUUGGAUUGCGCCCUAGGUAAGGGAGUUCAAUGUAGUGGCGACAAGGGAGGAGGAUUUGUACUCUCUGCAUUGUGGUCCCAGUGCUGGGGGAUGUGAUGGAAACUUACCUAUUUUCCAACAUUGUAAAAAUUUGCACAGUUGGCCAAGCCCAUGCAAACUGAGCACAGAGAAGUUUGUCCAUUACUUGUGUUGUCUAAGUCGUCUCAUUGAUUUUAAUGAGGCUUAACAAUGACUGUCUCUGAGCUGGAGCUUUACCUUGGGAUAUAGCAACAGCCGUACCAACACAUUAGUAAGCAUGAUGUUGUACUAGCAUUGCAGCAAUUAGUUAGCACAAAAUGGGCUACUGGUCUAAAGAAAUUGUUACACAAUCAUUGCCAGCCAACAUUCCUCCUAGCAAUAUUGGGCAGCUUAGAAAUGAGAACAACUUUAUAGCUGUUGUUGUUAACAGUAGUCUUAAAGUAUUAAAUUUGGAAGUCCUGCCUAUAUAAACACAAACUAAUAUCCCCAUUGUGUCAAAAACUAUGUUGAGCUGUGUUUCUAUCUGCACAAUAGGAACUAGAUCUUCUACCUGGCAACUCUAUGCAUGCCUACUCAGAAAUAAGCCCCACUGAGUUUAAUGGAGCUUACUCCUAGGAAGUGUGCAUAGGAUUACAACCUUAACAAGUUUUUCACUAAACACAUAAAAACAUUUUUUAUAAUGUGUCGUAAAAGGUGUAAUAGCACUCUCUGGGAAGAGGUGGUAAAUCUGGAGAACCUUUAAGAACAUAAGAGCUGGGUGGAUCAGGCCAAAAGCCCAUCUUGUCCAGCAUCCUGUUUUCACAGUGGCCAGCCAGAUGCCAAUGGAAGCCCACAAGUAAGACAAGAGUGCAGCAGUACUUUCCACAUCUGCAAUUGCCAGUAACAGUGAAGGUACAACAUAGUCAUCAUUUGCUAGUAGCCACUGAUAGCCUUAUCAUCCAUGAAUCUGUCUAAUCCACUUCUAAAGCCAUUCAAUUCAGUGGCCACCAUUACCUCUUGCGGGAGCAAAUCCCAUAGUUUAACUAUGCAUUGUGUGAAGAAGUACUUGUCUAUCUCGAAUCUUCCAACGUUCAGCUUUUAAUUGAAUGGCCCCUUUUCAUACAAUGGCCUUAUGCCUGGAUCCUAAAUGCUUGACUUGCAAGUAAAUCGCUCCCAUUUCAAUGGGACAGAAGUAAGCACACUAGAACAGCAACCUUUUUCAGGAUGUCAUUUUGUUUCUCCUGAAUGAAAACAGGAUCAGAUGUUGAUGUUCUAGGACUGUAAGGGUCCAUUGGCAAUAUUUAUUCAAGGACUACUUAUUUCUAAUUCUGAAAACGGGAAAAUGCUUUAAAAACAAUCAUGAUUUUUGAAGUAAUUUAUGGAGACAGAGUUUUUAAAAAAAGAAAGGACAAAAGCUAGCAUACAACAAAAAUGCAGUUUUAUUCCUAAUUUAGUUUAAAAUAUGCAGUUAUUUUCAUACAAAUCAAAGUCAGAUUCACCCUGACUUUCUAUGCAUUGUGAUACAAGUUUGUUUAUUGAGACUGCAAGUUUAUACGCACCUAGGAGUAGACCCUAUUGAACUCAGUGGGGCAUACUUCUGAGCAGACAUGCACAGGAUGGUGCUGUCAAUGCUUUUAUUCAUUAUUUUUAGUCAAUCAAAAUGUGCCAUUGAAUUUGAUUCAGUAGAGUACUGUGAAUUUUCCUGCAAGAAGAGGAUUGCCUAUUUCUUUUUUUUUCUGACAGAUGUCUUUACCUUUAACAGCACCAUUAGCAAGCAUAAAUUAAUUCAACAGAACUUUUUCCAGCAUGUCAAGAUGCAGUAAUGCAGGCAUAGGGAGCCUCUGGCCCUCCAGAUAUUGCUGAAGUACAACUCACCCCAGCAAGCAUGGCAAUGGCCAGGGAUGAUGGGAGCUGUAGAUAACAAUAUCUGGAGAGCCAAAGGUUCCUCACACCUGCAAAAAGUUUCACUUUCUGCAUGUCACACAGCUGUUGAAGCACAGGUGGUCUGCUAGCAAAAUGAUGGUGAUAUUAUACAUGAAGCAUGAGUAUUUUUUAUCAUAGUGCAGAAAUAGCUUUAUAUGGGAGGCUGUGGUUACUAUAGUCUGCAAAUAUUACAUUUGAUCUUUGUGAUCUCAGUACUAUAGGAUAUGCCUGACCCUGUACAGAUUUCUAAAAAUUUCUAGAUGAUGCCCAUACCAUGACCAUUAGGCCGUGCACCUUGGUGUCUGCUCCCAAUACUUCAUUUCUUAAAAAAGAUGUCCAGAUACCUAGUCUGUCCAAAAAUACCACCCACUUAUCUGGAAGCCUUUCCCCUUAUCUUGAAGAAAAACCAGAAUUACUCAAUGGGAAAAGAAAUGCACUUUGAGCUGUUCAGGAUCACAUUUAUCUGGACUUCCUUCAUAUAUUCUAGAGCUGAGUCGUCACAUUGAUAUGCCUAUUGCAUGGUUGGCCCCGGCACAAAUUAAACCCAGUCCUCCUCAGGUGAUCUUGAUUGGGUUUUUUUCAUCUGUCCACAUUAUAUGCACACAGAGUGAACUAGUCCCAUGUCACAUCUUUCAGCAAUCUGGUUAAUGUUAAACCAUACUUUCAUAGUCAACCUAGGUCAGUAAGAGCUGGUGGGGAGGGGUCAGUGCACACCUGGCCUCCCAUCACCAGCAUCACUGCUGCUUACUGGGAGAGAGAAGGGGAAGGUGGCAGGGAGGUUGAUGCUGUGCCAACCUUAACAGCUCUUGCCAGUGCACUCACAUAGCACUGACCCAGUAAGCGACAGUGACUCCACUGUUGAGAAGCUAGGUAUAUGGUGCCACCUCUCCCCAUUCCCCACUAUUGACCCAGGCUAAAUACAAUCCUAGACCAGAAUUCUUCCUAUUCUGUUGUUGUUGGCCUCAAUCUGCAUCCAACACCUGUAAGAAGUCUGGAAACUAAAAAGCCAAAAUAUGUGAUGUGUCAUUUUCUUUCUAUGGUGUAUCUACAGCCACUUCAUUGACACAAUCACACCAAUAUUGGAGCAUGGCACUACAAAGGGAACGAGACUAGUGCCAAGUCUAGCAGGAGACAUAAGUGAUUCCCAGCAGGAAAAUGUUGGUUGACAUAAAGAGGGAGGGGGGAUGUUCUCUAACUUCGGUGUACAGCCACCAUAAUAGCUGAAUACGUAUGAAGCCAUUCUGAAGAGUCAUAGCCAAAACGCAGAAAUUACCAUUCAAAGCCAGAGGAUAAGCCAUAUUUAAUUAUUGGAGGUGCUUCCUGUCAGUAAUAUAGCAAUAUCUAUUGUAAAUGUAUAUUUCAAAGGGAAGCAACUUGUUAAAGCUUUGCAGGGAAACUACUUGUAUUUUCAGUGCUCAAAAUUAACUGUAUUUAUACCAAGAAGUUGUUUGUGAUGGUGGUGUAUACAUGCUUGUCAAAAAUCCCUUCUUUGACAGGAUUGUACAGAAAUAACUUCUGUUAGAGCUGAGGUUUACCCCAGGGAUUGGUAUAAAUAAAAUAUAUAAUGUAGACCGUCCGUCCCCCACCUGGUGUCCGCUAGAUAUUUUGUUCUAUAUAUCCCAUCAUCACUGGCCAUUGACCAUGUUUUCUUGGAUGUAUGGGAGUUGUAGUUCAACAACUUAUGGAGGGCACCAGGUUGGAGAAGGCUGAUUUAGACAGCCAUUUACAACGCAGAAACUUGGCUUCAUAAAUUUGUACCAACCUUUCUACAAGCAGUUAUUAUUUUCCUAUAUGAAAAUGGCAGAGCCACCAUACUCCAAGAGCAUCAAAAAUCCCUUGACAUAAAUUCAGUUCAAACCCCUUGCCCAGCCUUUUUUACCUGUAAAAUAAAUGGGGAUUAAAACUAAUUUUGGGGAAAUGGGGCAAGGGAGUCAGAAAUGAACCCUGCCACCUCAGAAAUUCCCAAGUAAUUCUGAGUUAAGCCACCCUUCCAUACACCCCUUGGUGUUUUGUCUCAGCUCAUGAUAGUUCAGCACCAUGCCUGCCAUCCAUCAGUUUCCUUCCUCUGCACUUUCACAACCUUACCAAGUUGUAGGAGGAGUGAGUGAGGAGUGGAAACAGCUGAUGUAAACUCUGGAAAAUGUAGGGUUUUCUCCUGAUUCAUUGCCCAGGAGGACUUUGGGGGGGGGAACCUACACUACCCAAAAUUAAAUCAAGAGUGUUCAAUAAAGAUGUGUAGGGUCAGCAGUGCUCACUUUAGGCAGUGUAGUUUUUUAUUGUUUUAUUUUAUUUGUCCUGAUGCAUUAAUCUAGACCAGCCUUUCCCAACCAGUGUGCCUCCAGAUGUUGUUGAACCACAACUCCCAUCAGCCUCAGCCAGCAUUGCCAAUGGUCAGGAAAGAUGGGAGUUGUGGUCCAACAACAUCUGGAGGCACACCGGUUGGGAAAGGCUGAUCUAGACAAAUAAAAAAAACUACAGUCCCCAGAGUUCCAAUCAACAAUGGAAAUGAGGCCAGCUCUACCAUUAGGCAGAGUGAGGCACUCGCCUGAGGCAGCAUAUGCUGGGGAUUGUGAAGUGGAAGCAAGGUGUUAGAGGACAUAGCUGUGCGUGCCAUGUGGCUUAGCCCUGAGCCCCCUAAGCUAGCUUGCUGUCCUCAGUUGAGGUGGAGGAUGUUGUCCCAUCACCAGGGUUUAAGUAUGAUUCAAAUGCUGGACUGGUGGCUUCUGUAUGUGAGAUGUGGGAUGCCAUUUUAUCCUUAACCUCAGGCAGCAAAAUGUCUUGGGCCAGCCCUGAAUGGGAAGUUUGAAUAUGUCCAGAAGCCUCCACUGCUGAGAGAUGGAAUUUCAGGAUAAACAGAUUGCUUUAACAAGCAAAUGGCUACAUUUGCCUUCCCUCACCACAAUUUGUGCAUUUGGGGGGAUGUUGGGAAAGACAGAGGAGGGCUGGGUGAGAAUCCUGCCUGAAACCAUGGAGAGCCACUGCCAGUCAAUGUAGACAAUACUGAGCUAGAUGGACCAGUGGUCUGACUCAGUAGAAGCUGGCUUCCUGUGUUCCUAUGUAAUUCUAAUUUCAAAAAUUGAAAACUUUCCUGAGAUUGUUCAAAGAAGGUUCAAAAGGAUACAUCCUAUUCCAAAUUGGGAUGUGCAGAUUUUGUCCAUCACUAAAAUAUCAUGCUAAUUCACAAUAUUUUAGGGGGAAAAUCUAAUUCUGUUGAUCCCAAAUAGGUGUCCAGCAUCACACUGCAAGCUUGAGGAAAUAACAAUGAGGCUCCGUCUGCACUAUACUUUUAAAACAGUAUUAUACCACUUUAAACUGUCAUUCCCUAUAAAAUCCUGGGAGCUGUAGUUUGUUAUGGGUCCAGGCCGGCACCAAGUAUGACUGGCCCUUGGGCACAAGGUUGCCCUGGGCCUGUGUUGUCAUGGUUCCCAACACCCCACCCCACCUACCUCCCACCCCGUCAUGUCAGUGAGCUGUGCACACACACCUACCAUCACCCGAGGUAAGUAUAUGCAUGCAGGAGGUAGGUGGGCUAAGCAGGCCUAUUUAAGCCCUUGCCAGCUGCAUGGGGGGAGGUGUUUCAUAGGAUGAUGGCACUCUUGCUCCACAGCAGUGUCGGGUUGCUGGGCUCAGUGACCCGACACUGGCACAGAUUACAAAGCGGGAGCUCCAUCCUCUUGGCCUAAGCAAGGGUGUCUCAAGGGCCCUCACAGAGUGCCCGACCUGGCCGCCCACUUGCAUCAGGUCUGUUAAGUAUGCUGAGAGUUGUUAGGAAAACCCUAUCACUAGAAGCUAAAAUGAUGAAACUGAGGUUAUCAUACUUUGGACACAUAAUGAGAAGACAUGAUUCACUAGAAAAGACAAUAAUGCUGGGAAAAACAGAAGGGAGUAGAAAAAGAGGAUGACCAAAUGAGAUGGAUUGAUUCCAUAAAGGAAGCCACAGACCUGAACUUACAAGAUCUGAACAGGGUGGUUCUGUUAUGCUAUUGGAAGUCGCUGGUUCAUAGGGUUGCCAUAAGUCGUAAUUGAUUUGAAGGUACAUAACACACACAUUCCCUUCACAGUGUGACAAUUCCUAUGGAAGAAGGAUUGAUUGUUCAGCCACUGUGGAAAUUGCAGUUCUGUGAAGGGAAUAGGGAUCUUUCACCAACUCUCAGCAGCCUUCACAAACUACAGUUCCCAGGAUUCUUUGGGGAAGGCAUGACUGUUUAAAGUGGUAUGUUACUGCUUUAAAUGCAUAGUGCAGAUGGAGCCUUAUUUGCAACCAAAUAAUAUGAAGAAAAUUGUUCUUCUAAGCUACAAAUAAAAUUUUAUAGCAGAUGACAUCUGUAUAUAUAAUCGACCAGUGCCAGUCAUGAAUGACUGACCUUCCUUGGAGGUCACUAUAGAAUGAUAGUUUGGUGCUAUCUUUCUAGCCCUGAUUUGUCUAAGAAAUAUCUUUUCAACAGGUUAUUAGACUCUGGACCUAGACAGGGCCUAGUUGAAGAGAUAGUGGACAGGGAUCAUCAUGACAUCUUUGGGGCAAAGAUAUUCCCUUAUAUUGUGAGUUUAUUAUUUAUAUGCAAUUUUCUUGAUAAAAAAUCCCUCCAAAAAGUUGAAAACAAAUAAAGAUAUUAUACUCAAUAAAAACCACAACAUCUUUAAACCAAGUCACAAAGUAUAAUUCCAACAAAUAAUAGAUCACAUAUUUAAAAACUGACUGGAAUAAAUAUAUCUUUAAACAUCAUAUUGAGAUAGACAAAGAGGAAGCCUGGUAGAUGACCACUAGGAGAUGCUUCCAGAAUCUCAGCAUCACCUCCAAGAAGGCCCUCUCCCUCUCUCUCUUCCUACCUGUCCUCUCACCCUCUGUCUCUUAUGGUAGACUAGGUUCUGACUGAAACAGAAUUUGGACUUUAAACAUUGCAAUUUAAAUGUGGCAUUCAGUAGAGAAAAGGUUUGGCUAGGGUUAGAAUGACUUGGGUUUGGAGAGACAUGGAUCAUCGCCCUUUGCCUCAGACCAGGCAACAUGGUGCCAUCCAUCCACUGGGGACUACAACUCCUAUCAGCCCCAGCCAGCGUGGUCAAUAGCCAGGGGCGAUGGGAGGUGUCGUCCACCUUGACCUCAGACUGUUGCUACAAUUCCAUUUGACUCCCCACAUUUAGAGAUAGAAGUCAAGUAAAUGUGCUUGUGUCAUCUAGCAACCAUGUAUCUGUGAAAUAGUAUGUUUUCUUUUUUAAAAUGAGUAUUAAGCUUAUCUAUCAGAACACUAUCAUGAUUUUGUUAAGUGUUAUAUUGUUGAGUCAAUAUGGACAUUGUGUUUUUAAUGUACUCAUAUUACCUCAUUGUUUUUACCUCAUGUCUUGUUAUCAGUCAAAAAAAAAGCCUGUAAAUAUAUAAC